UUCUUUCUAUCUCUUUAUAUAAAGAUCACAGCUCUCUAACAAUAUUUCCAAUUACUCUUCACUUUGUCGUUACUUCCAAACCCUAAUUUUUUUUGUUGUUGAGUCGAGAGAGAAAGAGAGAAUGAUGCAGAAGCAAGAGUUCUUGGAACUGUUCGAGGCAGCAAUUCUAGCUGCAAAGUCUGCUGCGAGAGGAGACGGUGAGGGUUCUUCUCCAGCGGUCUCGAGAUGUGUCGACGCUAUGAUUCGUUUGAGAGAAGCUCCAGAGUCUCUUGCUUGCGAGUUGGUCAUGGAUCGCAGAUACCCUCAGAUGGGAAAGAGUCACGGACUUUUCAUUGAUCAUGAAAACCCUAGGAUCCAAUCCGAGGCCAAGCUUCUUUACACUCUCUGGAUGAGAUAUCUCUACGCUACCGGCAGGAAACAGAGCCCACGACCUCGACCCAUGGUGAAAAAGAAUAAGAAGUGUGUUGAGAUGAAGAUUUCGACAACUACGGGGGAGUCAUCUAACCGAGAGAAAGUGCGUGAGAUUCUUGCAAAAUCUUUGUCUAAAGUGGCUAACGAGGUUGUUGGGAUGAAGGAACGAGUGGUUUCUUGCGAUUCUUGGAGUGUAGCUGCGUCGGUUGAAUCUGCAAUGUUUGAGAGACUAGGUUCUUUCGAGGGUCCCCAAAAAGCAAAGUACAGAUCGUUUCUUUUCAACAUGGGAGACAGCAGCAAUCCAGAUCUCAGGAGGAAAGUGCUGUUCGGCGAGAUCAGUGGAGAGAGGUUGGUGACGAUGAAGAAAGAAGAGAUGGCAAGCAACAAGAUUCAGAUGGAAGUUCAAAAAAUCAAAGAGAGAGCUAGAGAUAAGGAAGAGAAUCGAAUGAAGAGCAUGAUGAUGUUUCAGUCAGGCAGUAUGAUCAUGACUUAAGCAGAAUUGUAUAGAUUCUCUCAGUUUAUUAACUUGUCUCGGUAGUCUGUUAAUGUAAACAACACUUUGCGUGAGAUGCAUAAAGUUUAAUCUG